AUGGAGGAGGGUCAAGGCUGUAGGAGAGGAAGAACAAGGCAAAAGGCAACAAGAUCUUUCUCCAGUCACAGAGAAGGGAGAGAGAACGAUGGGGAAGCAGGGAAGGGGCUGGCGUUCACUGGGAUUCUAUCCUGGCAAUACCCACUGAGCCUGCCCUUCUCUACAGGUGGAGCUGCGGGCUCUGAGCUGGCCUUCGUGCAGGAGCCAGGGGACGUGGUGGCUCUGCGGGAGCACCCACUGCUGCUGAGGUGCCAGGUGGAAGGGGAGCCCCCCAUCACCAUCUCCUGGCAGCGCGAUGGGAUGCCCCUGGGAAACAACAGCGGCGCCACCCUGAUGCCAGAUGGAUCUCUGCACCUUGGGGGCUUCCCCAACCGUCAUGCCCCUCAGGGUUCACCCCUAGCUUCUGCUGGUGUCCAUGAAUACAACUGUGUGGCUCAAAACCGCUAUGGACGGUUGGUGAGCCGCAGGGCACGGGUGCAGCUGGCAAGUCUGUCUCGAUUUCAUCAACACCCCGAGUCCAUGGUGGUGGAGCAGGGAGGCGUGGCCCGUUUCCAGUGCCUGAUCCGAGGGGUACCUGAGCCAACGAUCUCCUGGGAACACAACCGCACUGCCUUGAGCCCUGCCAACCACAGAUUCACCUUGCUACCUGCAGGCAUUCUACAGAUCACAAGCGUGGGACAGUCUGAUGUAGGGACCUACAGGUGUGUGGCAAGAAAUAUAGCCGGUACCAGGUACAGCCAGGAGGCCCAACUUGCACUGAGCGGUACAGUGUCUCCUCCGAGGCUACUUCAGGAACCAGAGAUUCUCUCAGGACCUCAGAACCUGACGCUCACAGUGCACCAGACUGCAGUGCUGGAGUGCAUUGCUACUGGCCAUCCGCGCCCCUUGGUCUCCUGGAGUCGCCUGGAUGGUCGCUCCAUUGGGGUUGAAGGAAUCCAGGUUCUGGGGACUGGGAACCUGAUGAUCUCAGACGUGUCUGUCCAGCACUCUGGAGUGUAUGUCUGUGCCGCAAACCGUCCAGGCACCAGGGUCCGGCGAACAGCCCAGGGGGUCCUUCUGGUGCAGGCCCCUCCAGAGUUUGUGCAGUGGCCGCAGUCGGUGUCGAAGCCGCCCGGCAGCAGCGCCAUCUUCACGUGCGUGGCCCACGGGGUUCCCGAACCCCGGCUGAUCUGGCUGAAGAACGGGAAGGUCUUAAACCCCGACGAUAACGUCAGGCUCACCCACAACAACAGCACCCUGAUGCUGGCCGCCGUCACGGCCGCGGACGAGGCCAUCUACCAGUGCGUGGCUGAGAACAGCGCGGGCUCCAAUCAGGCCAGUGCCCGCCUGGCGGUGGCCGGGGCCCCCCAGCUGCCCCCCGCUCCUCAAGGCCUGCGGGCGUCCGCCCUCUCCGCCUCCACUGUCCGGGUCUCCUGGGAGCCUCCUCCUGCCGGUGACCACCCCAGCAUCAUCGGCUACGUGCUGCAUCUCCAGCCCGAGGGAGAGCCACCUGGCAGGGGACUGCAGGAGGCAGUGAGCAAGGGGACCUUUGAACAUGUUUUCACCAACCUGGAGCCAGCAACCACCUAUUCCAUCCGUCUCCGGGCGUAUUCUGCCGAGGGGGCCAGCCAGGACUCCCCUCCUGUCCACAUCACCACCAUGGGCAGCGCUCCCGCAGCCCUUGGUUUCUACACCAAAGUGCUCAACGCCACCUCAGUGCAGGCCUCCUGGGAGCUGCCCCCCCAGCCUGGGCUCAUCCAAGGCUUCAAGCUCUUCCACAGGAAGCUGCCUGCUGCCCACUUUGAGGGACCCCUCCUCCUGGCCAGCAGCGCCAGCUCCUUCCUCUACACUGACCUCGAGCCUGCUGCCCUGUAUGAAAUUAAGCUUCAAGCCUUCAACGGAAAUGGGGAUGGAAACAGCACGGCGCGCUUCGUCUCACUGCGGGAUGCCCUGACAGCAGACGUGGAUCCCAAGGCUGGGUGCCCCUGCAGCCAGGAUGGGGAAACCCCAUUCACGGGGAACACCCAAAUGUCGGGCGUGUUUGUGGGCAUCCACGUGGGUUUUGCUGCCCUCAUCAUCUGUCUCCUCUGCCUCCUCCUGGGCUGGCAACGUAGGAAAGGGUCCGGGGAGCAUUGGACAGUACCCCCAGGCUCUGCUGACAGGGCUUCACUAGGUCAACUGGAAAGUGGAGGAAAACCCGGAGAGAGGAUUGAGCUCAUUUCCCAGGUCACUGUGGAGCAACAGUCUGCAGCCUAAGGACCUUCCUCCCCAACGGCCCCAAGAAGCUCCGGAACCACCAAAGAAGCUACCUCAACUUUCCCUACUUCCAGAGUCAGGACAGAACCAAAGCUACCUCAGCCCCUGCCUAGGGGAAGGGGAGAAAGUUUUCAGUCGUUUCUUCAUUUCUAGUCCUUCCCCUCUCGGUGAUGGGACUUCUGGGGGACAGAUUAUGUUUCCCUGUCACCACACCAAAUACUCUCAAACCAAACUACUCUCAGGAACUCGAGUCCAGGUCCCACUUUCCCAAUCCACAAUGUCUCAAUCCAAAUAUGACUGCCCAAAGAUGUAUAGCUUUAAGGAGUCCUCCCCAAAUGGGGGAGACACAGUAAGGGGUUGUUGUCCCCUCCCUAUUCUAGUCAGACCCUUUCUCCUCUUAUUCAACUCUCUUCUUCUUAUUUCACUCCCUCUGCCCCCAAGUUCAGAUGAGACAGUUCCUUGCCGGGAGGCACAGGCAUCUGAUGUCAGCAGUUCCAAUGUCUGAGAGUGUGUUCUAAGGUGCUUAAUCUCAACUGCCUACCUCCUACUUCUCCCAGAGCCUGGUCAUCGUGUAUACACACGUGUUCCCAAAUGUUCGGGCAGAUCUUCUCUGAGGCAACCAAAAACACUCCAAACUCUCAAUGGAGAUUUGGGGUUCUCGAGCAUGGGGUAAAGAGAUUAUCCUACCCCAUAAUCCAAAGCAAUGGCCUUGUCUGAAGGCCCUUAUCUUCCUUCUCUCCCAUUUGAUUUUUAUUUUCGAAAGCAGAGAAUUUAGUAUGAGUCAGGUUUGGUUUUUUGCAGGCAUAAACCCCUAGUAGAAUAAGCACAAGGGGCCAUGGGCAGCUCCUCCUAAAAAAAAUUAUAUUCCCCGCUCCUGCCCCAUUAGGGUCAGCCUUUGCCGUCCUUUCCUCCUUCAAACAUCCUUCCUGACCCCAAAGCCAAAGCCUCCACAUCCUAAGCCCAGUCCUUCAGCCAUGUUUCUUCACCCUCCCAGUAUCAAGCCAAAAAAUCCUGUGGAGAAUGUUGAGGGCUUAGGAGUGGACCCAACCCAAACCUGCGCUUGUAGCAAUUUUGUUGAGUGAUGCUAGCACCAAUGAAAAGCUCCCAACAAACCCCGUCCCAGGAACUCCAGGCCACUCCACACACCUUCUAACAUAAUACGGGAGCAGGAGCAACUGGACCCAAGAACGGUGUGAAGGCAGACCCGCACAGUGGUCAAUGGCCACCCCCCACACUUGUGGAGAAGGCGCUCAUUCCAUGGAGUAUUCUGAUGCUAUAGCUUUGUUGGAAAUAAAAGCCGAAAUGGAGAACACAAUUAAGAGUUGACUCUAUGCUUAAAGGCAAAAAAAAAAGGAAGCUUGUGCCAGGUAGGGUGUCAGGGUGUGACAUCCUAAGAGAGAGAGAAUGGAAUAAGGUAAUCCUGCCAUGCCUUUGCAAUGGCAACGGGUGCUUUAGUUUAGGCAACAACUGGAGUCAGGGAGAUGGUGUAUUCUCCUUACUUAGAUAUGAAAGGCUUUGAUGGAAAUGGAAUCAUAGGGGACAUCUGCUAACCUAUCCCCGAGACUUGUUUUAUUGCAAUUCCUUUCUGUGUUGUGUUAUUCUAACAAAAAGGCAUUUUGUUCCUCAAAGAGGACAAUGUGAGCGAUCUGAGGACAAGAAUGGAGGGUGAAAGGAUAGACACACGGGGUGAAGUACAGCAGACAAAUUUCACUUUUGCUUACAGACAGCAAAGUACAAUAUGAAUCCAGAGGCAAGGCAAAAUCGGCCAGUUUAUUCCUUCAUGCUCCUGGAUAGAGGGGGACUACUGCUCCUUUCCCACCCUUCCAAUCCCAAUCCCCAUGCCCAAACCAUCAACCACAGGAAAAUUUAGAAACCAUUCCUUUCUUUAUUAAACAUAGCUUGCAAGUGAUAAAUAUUACAAAGUUUUUUUUUUCUUUUAAUCCUUUCUCCAAAAAUUAGCUUAUUAUUUGAAUCUGUCACUGCAGAAGCGCUUGGCAGUAUCUGAAACAGAUGGGGGUGUAUUUGUCCUUUUGAAAACCAGUUUCUAUUGGUCUUAGUCUUUUUAUUUCUUUCCCAAACACAAUGCAGAAAAUAAAAAUGAAGAGGCAAAAUAAGGAAACUUAGAGUUGUGCAAAAGGGUCUUGCUCCCCCCCCCCGCCUGCCCCCAUGAAAGGGCAUCUCCUAAUCCCUCAACUCCCCCCACACACCCUAUAUAUCCCACCCACUACCUCCAGACAUCAUCUAGUCAAGAAUUUGGAGGAAGCCGAUGGUGGGCUCGGUCUGCAAUGUUAGGGGUGGGAUAAGGAACCUUGGUCAUCUAAGGGGUGAAGUAGGAAGAAAAGAUGUGCCUAAUUCUCCUCUAACAAGGAGUCAGAGUCCAAGGUCCUGUGGUCUCCAAAGGCAGUGGGACUGUAGAGGAUGUGAGACACUUCUACAGCCAGUCUGACUAGAAAGUAAGGGCAUUUGCACCUGUGUCCAAGGCUAGCCCAACAGCCUUGGGGGGAGGGAAGACCAUGGAUUAUUGCCUCACUGGGCACUCAAUACCUACAUCGAAGAGAUCAUUGCCAUUCUAGCCAUAGACUUAAUUCUGCUGCCAGUCUAAAGAGAUACCAACUUGAAGGGACCACUGGAUGCCCCCAGAUUCUUCCUCCCUGACUUAUUCUAACUCGUUCCUCCCUCCCCUUCUAUGGAUGGUAGUUGGGGAGUGGCCAGAUAUAUUUUAAGAAUAUAUGUAAUUCAAACUUGUCUUAAUUUUGUCCCAAGUUACCCAGCAGAAAUCACGAGUAGAAUUCAUCUCUUGACUGUCUCUCACCACCCUAUCCUUCCUUCAUACGAAGGGCUCUUCACUCUGCCUCGCCCAUCCCCAACCCCAGCAAGAGUCAUGAGCUUACCAGUUUGGUUGAGGCUUCAUCUCAAUUUAUACUUAUCACAGAUGUUAGUGCUCAACUGAAUGUGGUACAUUAUAUGAAACUUUCUUGGGGUGACAAUCACAAAGAGUUUCUUCCUUCUUAACCCACAUUUCCUCCCCUACCAACCUUCUAAGACAAUUAGCCCAAGCUCUUUCCUCUGGAUAAUAUUUUUAGGGUAUGGGGUGUGGGAGAGAUCUCUGGUGUAAGAAAAUCUGACACUGUGGUUUGUUAUAUAGUAGGUAUAUUGUAUAUAGGCUGAUGCAAUCAGAGGAAAAAAAAAACAGUGCAAAUACAAUUACAGUUCAUAAUACUUGGUUUCAAUGCCCCCUGGGAACUGUUCCGUUCCUCAGCUACCUCCCAGUCCCCCAGCAUCCCCCACUUCCCCCAGAGUGUCAACCUAAUGCUGGGAAAGGAGGUGGGGCAGCUGGGGUGGGGGGAGGGCUCUGCCAAGGCAGUGCUGGUGACCUGGAGGGGCAGCUCCAGGGUGGGGAGGCAAGGCACAGUUGGGGGGGAGGGGGGGCAUCUCCAAAGCGGGGUGGGGAUUCAGGGAAGCCAGCUGCCAAACUGGCCUAUCCCCUUGCCCCAUCAUCCACAGCCCUGCCUCCUAACCCCCAGAAACCCUUUUGCACGGAUCAUACACAAACGGGCACAGUACAAAAUGACGUAACACAGUUUCACAAUAUCCAUGGCUAGGGCUUUUUUUUCCACUUUUUUCAUGUUUUUUUUUUUCUACACAAUGUACAAUUCUUCCUUUUUAAAUGGAUCAAGAAAUAGCUUAUAUACACGAAUGAGUCCUUGUUAUAACAUCUCGGCAGCAAAUAUCAUAAGCUAAUGAAGAUCUCAUUGGGAGAGGGAACCUGGGCUUGGGGGAGAGGGUAGGAAUGGGGAAGGGAAAAGGGUUAUGCUUUUAGGAUUGGGGAGGAUGGGAAAGAGGGAUUAAAAGUAAAAUAUCAAGAAGCAUCUUUACAAAGCAGUUCUACAGCUAAUUUCUUUAAAAAGGGAAAGGAAAGGAAACCAAAGCAGGAAAACACUUUAUCUGCAUCUUAAAAAAAAAAAAAAAAAAAAAGACAAGAAAAAUAGCAGGGAAGAAAAAGAAAAAAGAAAAGAGAAAAGAAAAGAGAAUAAAAGAGCAAAGCAGGGGAGAGAGAAAAAAGAACAGAGAAAUUUCUACCAUACAUUACAUCCAAAAUGUGGAAAAAAAUAUUUAUUCCAGGGACAGGUAGGGGACUGGAUGCUAUGGUCAAUGACAAAAUAAAAAUGGGACCUCAGUUCUCAUUUUUUACUUUCCACUGGAGGCCUUUUGCCCUAAAUCCAUCCCCUUGCUUCUAGGGAGCAGGUACUGCCUAUAACCUGCUGGUCCCAGUUUUCCUCAAGCACCUCUGGAGAUUAGUGUGGGGAGAAGCCAUGUAGUACUGGUGGACCCCUCGUUCUACCUCCACCUUGAGCACCAGAAGGAAGACUCCCAGAAUAAUGGGUAUUUUCUACCUUCCUUAAGAUAAAGGAUAUCCUACCUGAAGGACCUCAGUUCAGUGUCCACAUAGACCAGGGCCAUUAGGGACCUUAGAUACUUGGGAGUUAGAAGAUGAGUUAUGAGCAGAUAUAAGGGAUGUUGGAAGGGGAAAGUACAGACAAAAGGAAUCAGUGAUGAAAGGGAGAAUUUGAGAAGAGAAAGGGGAAAAGAGAGAUGGAGGACUAACACUUUACCAUGAUUCAGAAGACCAUAUUGGCCAAUCCACCCAACACUAACCUCUGAAAGAAUGGGGAUAGGGAGGGAAGUAGGGACUAGUGGAACAAGAACAAAACCUCAGCUAACAAGCAAAGGAUCACAGAUCUCUUUAUCAACAAGCAGCAUCUGUAGCUUGAUCUUGAAGAAGAAAGAAGAGGAAAGUAGGGAAGACAUGCUGCAUUUCUCCCUCCACCACAUCACGUAAUUUCCCUCUCCCUGGAAAUAGGUACUAGAACUACAGGUCUGCCUUCAUGCAAAAAUCACCUUAUACACCCAUUUCCAAGGCCAAUACAGUGGUAGCUGGUUCCUAGGGUAGGGAUUUAAACUCAAGGCUGGGACUACCACCAGCCACAUGGUAUUGCACAUUCUUUUUUUCCUUACUUUUAAUCUCAAAUGACACACCUGGGCACCUUGUACCUUUGGGCAGGGGAAGCUGGAUACAUGACAGAAAUGGCACUUUAUCAUGUGUUUGUGUUGGGAUAGAAGGUGGAGAGGGGAAGGAGAGGCUAGAGAGACAUGCCACAUGGCAAGAUGACAUAAGAAAAACAUUAAAAAAAUAAAAACAAAAAAAAAAAAAAACCUUCCAAUUUUGAGGAAGAGAGAGAAAAACAAAACCAAACUAUUCAUCCAGUGCUUUCAAAGCACAGAGAGCAAAGAAAAGAUGUAAGAAUAUAUAUUUAUAUAUAUAUAUAGAAUUUUAAAAUAAUCCCAGAACCCACCCAAUACUAUUCCCCCCACCCCCACCCCAUUUACAGUCAGGGGGCACCACACACCCCAUCAGACAACACUCGCAACAACAACCCCAUCGCUACCGGUUACUAGCUUCUAGCUUCCAGAUCCUUUCACCACCAGGGAGUCCAGACACAUGCUGUAUCUUUGCCCCUCUAUUAAGUGCUCAAUGGAUUUUGGGGAGGAGGAAGAAAAAAAAUUGGGGAAGGCCCGUGGGGCCAGUACAAUCACCCGAAAUGGCACAGGGUUGUCAGGAGUGGAUAGAAGAUCAAAGCCUGGACCCAACUCCUUUAUCCCUAUUCUGAACACCAAAAGCCUUUUGGGAGAAUGUGUAGUUUUUUCUUUCUUUCAUUAGUUUUUAAAAGUGCCUUUUUUUUUUUUUUUCGGGUGGGGGGCUUCCUGGCUGGUUUUGGGAACAGGGUCAGGAUCUCACACUCCUUCCCCGUGCCUUUCUUUUGGGCAUGCUCUAUUUAGGGGACCUCUGGCAGUUUAUUGGCGCUAGAAGGGUGUGUGUUUGAGGGCUGCACGCCUCAAAGAAAACCUGGCACCUUCCCUAUCCCCCUCAAUCCAAAAGGUAAGCAGACUGGGUGCUAAUUUCCUCCCCCCAUUCCCAGAAUGACAUUGCACAAUUCAAUUCAUUUUCUACAUUAGUAGUAAUUCCCAAACAAAACAAAAACAAAAAUAAAACUAAUAUAAUUCUGAAAAUACUUUAAAAACCAACUUUAGAUCUCAGAAGCAGCCUCUGAAGCCGGUUUUGAAGUGAGACAUUUGGCUUGGUGCAAUAACAAAUUUGCCAAGGGUAUGGUCAGGAUGGAGCUCCCACCUAGGUAGGAAACCUUUCCUUUCAUUCCCUUCUCCUCCAUAUACAGGAGGCAAAAGGGAGAGAAGCCAGACUGCAAAUGUUAACCAACUUUACCUUCAUGGAGAAAACCCCUUCUGUUCUUCCUUCCUCCACAACUAUUCCUCCCCUUUCCCAAUUUACUCACUCCCAUUCCAACUUCCAGGUCCCCCAAUCAAAUUCUGCUUGGGGGUCAGAUGAUGCCUUUCAUUGAUAGUGUAGCUGGUGCUACAGUCAGAAGGGACAGAUUAGGAUGACUUUACUAAACCUGCCACGCUGAAGUUGGGCCACCUAACCUCAAGUAGACUCCCAUCUUUCCAAUGGAGCCAAAAAUUACUACCUUCACUCCUGAUUCUUGUUGUUCAGGGGCCAGGACCUACUAACAGUCCUCUUUAGUUCAAAAUCAUGCCCAUGCUCUCCCACCCUCGAUGAUACCAAGGGUAAGUUCUAUGGGUACUGCAUUUUAAAGCUUCUCCCUUCUAAAGCACCUGACCCUUAUUCCCAAAGCCCAGCUACACUGUUCUCCUUUCCCCUAAGAAAUCCUAUGCCUCAGAGCCUGGGGAUGCCAUUCUUCAUCUUGUGUUGCCACUAAACUCCACUGAUUAAAUGUAUUCACCCCCUAACCAGCCUUAGUCACCUCAUGCCUUUUGGCUGGAGCCUCCCUCCCCUCCUCCCCCCCCCCCCAUGAAGAAAACCACUGCAAUGCUCCUAUCACUUAAGAGGAUAUCUUUGUUUAAAAAAAAAAAAAAAAGAUGGGGGAAAAAAACCAGGAAAAGAAAAAGGUUUAACCGUCCAUUGAACAAAAAGGGAGGACACAAGACAUCAUUAAAAAUAAUAAUAAUUAUAGCAUAAAAACAAGCUUCAGAAACAUAUGUCAGAGGGCACAGAUUCUCCCUGGGACCUCACUCUGACCUCUCUAGUGGGGUGCAGGUCCACCUCUCACUAUCAUAGAAAACUGAAGAGAGAAGAAAAGAGUGGCAGAGGAACAGAUCGCUGCAGUGUGGAAAAGGGGGAGGUGGCAGGGAGGGGCAUGAGUAUGUGUUUUCUUGUUGGUUUCUUUUUUUUGUCUUCUGUUUUUUUUUUUUUUUUGUUUUGUUUUGUUUUCCGUGUAUGGUAGGCACCAGUACAGGCACUGCAUGCGACGGAAGUUGGGGGCAAAAGGAGAGAGGGAGGGAACAGAGG